GCCAACCCCCACAAGCGGUGUCUCACCUCUAUUCUUGACAAAUAUUAUUUUAAAGAGAGAUAUGGGCUUAAAGAUGUCGGAAUCAGCUAAACCCUAUUUUGCGAUGAUAUGCCUUCAAUUCGGAUACGCUGGCAUGAACCUCGUUACCAAGGUUGUGCUCGACCGCGGCAUGAGCCAUUUUGUCCUUGUGGCUUAUCGUAAUUCCUUUGCCACUGCCGCUAUAGCACCUUUCGCCCUUCUCUCAGAGAGGAAAGUGAGGCCGAAGAUGACUUUCCCUAUAUUCAUGCAAAUAUUUGUACUAGCUCUUCUUGGGCCAGUGAUCGAUCAGAACCUUUAUUACGCCGGUCUUAAACUCACUUCACCGACUUUUGCCGGCGCCGUCACCAACAUCGUGCCCGUUUUGACCUUUAUCAUUUCCAUAAUUUGCAGGAUGGAGAAGGUGGAGAUGAGAAAAGUAAGAUUCCAAGCAAAAGUGGUGGGGACAUUAGUGAUAGUGGUUGGAGCCAUGUUGAUGAUUUUAUUCAAAAGCCCUCUAAUCAACUUUCUCCAGUCUCACCUCAUCCGUGAAGCUUCCUCGCCGUCCGGUGAGGACUACCUCAAGGCCACCGUUUUCCUCCUCAUCGCAUCGUUUUCUUGGGCUUGCUUCUUCGUUCUUCAGGCGGCUACGUUGAAGAGAUACUCAUCUCACAUUUCAUUAUCGACGAUGGUGUGUUUCAUGGGAACGUUACAGUCCACAGCCCUAGCGUUUGUGAUUGAACCAAACCUUUCUGCAUGGAACAUUGCCUUUGAUAUGAACCUUCUAGCCUCUGCUUAUGCGGGUAUUAUGUCGUCGAGCAUAGCGUACUACGUGCAAGGGAUGAUGACGAGACAAAAAGGCGCUGUAUUUGUCACUGCCUUUAACCCUCUUAUUGUCAUAAUUGUAUCCAUCAUUAGCUUUCUUAUCCUCGGCCAGAGAUUAUACCUUGGCGGGGUUCUUGGGAUGGUGAUACUAAUGGUGGGAGUCUGUGUGGUUCUGUGGGGAAAGGAAGGGGAUGAAGAAGAAAACAGUGAGGACAUGUUUCCAGAAGUUAUCAAAUGUUGUAAAGGAUGCAGAAUCAAUAGUCCUACGAUGCCAAGAAUUGAUGAGGAAGUAGAUGUUGAAAUGCAAUCUACCAUGAAAGAUAAGAUGGUGGUGGAUUUGUUGUAGUUCUCGUGAGUAGAAAAGAUGUUCACGAGCUUAAUUAGAUGCUUAAAUCCUUUUUAGAUAGAGGAGCAGCUUUUGCUUUGUUAUAUAUUAUGCUCCAAUCUUUUGCUUUUAGGUUUUGUUUUAUAAUCUUCUUAUUUAGUAGGGAAAUUAUGAAUAAAUAAAUGUUCCGCUCGUACCUCUUAGACCAAUCAGAUUAAUUAAUAUUCGCG